UACGGUGCAAGAAUACAUUGCUCACUUUACUUUGCGAGUUGCUAGGUAACGGCGAAUGCUGAGAGCCCGUGUUCCUUGGAGACAGUUUUGUUGGUGAUCAGGAAAGAAAGAUAGCAUUGGAAAGGAGACGGAGACAGAGAGACCUGGGACUGACAUGUGAAUCCAGCGGGCACAGAUAUGGAUAUCGCAGGGCUGAGGCUUUCACAUUCAAAAGUAAAAUUUAUUGCGACUGAACCAGGGGAAGUACGCCAGGAGAAAAUCACCUUGCAAAAUAUUAGCAGCGGCCCCAAAAAGGUUGUCGUGUGGCCAAUUCAGCACAAGUUAUUCAGGAUCAUUGUGAGCAAUAAGGAAAAUAAAAUUGCACCUGGAGUACAGAUUUCAGCCAGAAUAGAAUAUUCAGCACACAAAAGAGAAGAUGCAAAUGGUGAAUGCAUUGUAUCCAUAGAUGAAGAUCUUAUUAAGAUUCCACUACUUGCGUUUGUAUCUGUUUGUGAUCUUAGUAUUGAUCCAGAAAUUGAUUUUGGCACUGUGGCAGCCAAUAGUAAAGUACUUGUGAAGGAGUUGAAUGUUCGAAAUCAUGGAACUCUUUCAGGCCAGUUUUUUAUUGUGGAUAAAAACAACCUACCUUUUUUGGAUAUUUCACCCAAGAGUGCAGAUGUUUUGCCGAACGCACAGCAACUGGUCAAAAUUGAACUGUGUACUGUCCAGCCGAUGGUCCUUGAUGAAAUGUUUCUGGUACACUUGGAAGGUGCUGAAGAAACUACUCUGAGAGUUAAGGCAAAUAUAGUUGCCACCUUACUGGAAGUUCUCGAUUUUUCUGGCCAGAAGCUUGACUGUGUUCAGUUUGGUGGUACUUAUUAUGGAACAUCAAAGCUGCAUCAAGUUGUUUUGUACAACAACAGCCCUGAAACUGUUGAUUGGGUGACAGUGAUGGAAAACAAUGCUGUUGGAUCUGAAGUGGGUACAGACAUAUCCUUGAGUUCAGAUGCAGUUUUGGCAAAUCGGAAGGUAGACGAGCCAUCACCAAUUGCUUAUGCAUCUAGUCUGAUCAUAUGUCAACCUUGCCAAGGGAUUUUACAUCCAUAUAACAAAACCAUUGUUACUUUAUGCUUCAGUCCAAAGGAUACUGACCCUUUCAAAUUUCAUAAAAAAGAGAAUGAAAUCCCAGAUUACAGAGAUUAUGCCCUUUAUGUGAGGUUUGAAGCCCUGGGCAGCUGUGAUACCUUUAUGAAGAAAUCGUGUGGAAGCAUUGAGAGAAAAGUUCUUUUUGCAGAUGAGCCACAAGUUGAGUUAGCACUCACUGGAAUUGGAUUCCGUGUCUGUUUAAACAUCAGCCCAGUGACAGAAUAUGAUUUUAAGGAAUGUCUUCGUGGUGAAAAGGUUUAUGCUACAAGUACUCUUCAAAAUAAUUCAUCGUUGCUUCCACUAUUCUUUCAGUUCCCUAAGAUAGCGCAUUUUCGGAUCACUCCUGCAAAAGGAAAGCUUAAGCCAGGACAGUCAAAGGAUGUUAUUAUCUGCUUUGCUGCUGAGCAACUUGGCACCUUUCAAGCAAUUCAACUGAUAAAGUUUUUUGGACUGGUGAUGGUCCCAGACAAUCCAAUAAAAUUGAAAAUGCAACCAUUUCACCAAAUGAAAAUUACUUUAUUAGGUGUUUGCAAAGCUUCCAUGAAGAAUCUGGAGCCCAAACCAAUUCCUCAAAUAGCUCCUGCCAUUGCUAAUGAAUCUGGAACACUGGCUCAGGAGACAACUGAUAGAAAAGCCAAGUACAUUGAUUCAUGUCCUGUUGCACUCCCUACUGGCCAUGAAAGUAUGCACUUUUAUCAAAACAGAAGCAAAAAUGUGGAAAACAAGGUGCCUGUUUCAAGACCUGAUGACAGGUGUGCAAAUACCAGGUCCAGGAACAGAAUUGAAAAACACAUUGAAAAAACACAACAACGGAUUCCUGUGGAUCCUGAGUACACUUAUAAUGACGAUGAGAUAAUAGCAAUGAAAGCCCAUAAAAAACGUUAUGAAGAUUUUAUUCGGCAUCUAAGAUUGCGUCGCUUACAAAGGCAGGAUCGCAGAGAAUUUGAACAAUUUAACAAUGCAAAAGAUAUUGGUUUGAGACCUGCAGAAGGACUAGACUCUCCAUAUCCCAAAGUCAUACCCUUUAUGCCAUCGAGACAGCCACUAAAAAUAUGUUCUGCAGUGCCACCAGCUAGAAAGUCCAAGCUUAAAGUCAAACACAGCAAUCUUGGAGAAAAACCAGUAUUAUCCUGUCAUGACAAAGGUUCCACGGGUACAAUGGACCAUUUUGCAAAGGCUAGAGAUGGCCUUAAUGCUGUUCCAUCUUCACUUCAAGAGGAAUUGGAUUGCAGUUUGAUUCUGACACCGCAGCAAAUUCAUCAAAUAUCCAUUGGCCCAACUACAAUUGACUUUGGAACUGUUUGUGUAUAUUCAACAUCAAAGCAGAUUUUAAAUAUUGUGAACAACUUACCCACUCAUAUUCUAAUUGAAGUGACAACUGACUAUCCAGAACUCCGAGAGUCCAGCCCUUUAACUCAGGUGGUACCACCCUUGUCUGCAGCUUGCCUUCCAAUAAUAUUUGAAUCUACAUCAGAGGGAGUGUUUCAAAAGUCAAUAGACUACAAGAUAAACAACCAUCAUUUUGGUCGUGUAUUAAUACUGGCAAACGUGGUUUGUGUUGCUCUUGAGCUGUCAAGCAACGAACUGGUGCUGACCCCAAACUACGGGUUCCUAGCAGAAACGGGCUUCCGAACAACUGUGCGACUUUACAACAGGCGAAACUACCCUGCGCAAUUUAGCUGGAGUCCAAUUCUCUCAGAAGAUGGGAUCGCAUUUUUUAUCCGACCUGAUGGAGGCAUUGUGGAUGCUUUCAAUGAUCUGGAAUGUGAAGUGGUCUGGCACGCUUCAUUCUUCUCCCCUAAGGAAGGAGCGUUUGACCUUCUUGUACAGCAUGGGAACAAACUGAAAUUGAAAUGUGUUGUUAAGCUUGGCCGUGUAAAUAUUCGCUUUGCCGAGAAUCGUCUGCUUUUUAAGUCUGCUCCUUGGAAUUUAACUACCAUGAAAACAGCUAUUCUUAAAAAUUAUGGACAAUAUCAUGUUUACUUUAAGGUAAGAAAUGUGCAUCCCGUUCCUGGAAUGACUGUAACCCCUACUUAUGGAAUAGUGCCUGUUGGGGGUUAUGUGCUUUUCAAAAUUUUCUUCCACCCAACAACAGUGUUUAAAUUUGAUACCAGAUUAAAGCUAGACAUUCGUAAUUCAAAACUAUUGAAACUGCGGGUUGGUGGAUCAGUGAUAAGACCAAUGGCAGAAAUUGAUGUGAAAUGUUUUGUGUUCCAUGGUGUUUACUGUGGUUCUUCUUACAUGAUCCCAUUCACUUUAAUGAAUUCAACUGAAUCACCAAUCAAGCUUGAAUUUGACUUUACGAAGUACAGAGAUUUCUCACUGAAUUUUGAAGCCUCUGCAGAUGCAACGCAAGAUCUGAUGGAUCAUCAGUUGUAUAUUAUUUCUCUAAGCGGGAAAGAGAGUAUUAAGUGUGAAUUAGUAUUCAGUCCUCGAGAUGUGGCAUCCUAUGAUUUUAAUCUACCUGUGAUCAUCAAUGGGAGUACAACACCAUCUCCUCCUCCAAGUUCCGUACCACCUGAUCCUUAUGAUGAAAUAUCUAUAGGUUCUUCUGAAGUACAAUUAUUGAGUCCUGCUACUCCAUCUCGCAGAGUGCAAGCUACUGUACUUUGUCCACCACUUGAGCUCUCAGAUACCAAAUUGGAAUUCUCACUUCUGCCGGGAUAUAAUGAUAUGGGUGCUAUCGUAGCUGAUCCAUUUGUAAAAAAAAUUGAGAUCCACAACACUUCCUCCAAAGAAAUAAAGUGGUUGUUUGAUUUGGACAGUCAACAAAAUUCUGCCCUUGAAGAUGGCACUUUUAGAAUCUUUCAAUACUAUGGAAGUCUUAAACCAGGAGAAAGGCAUUGCAUUACAAUUGGCUUUUGCCCACGGUGUCCAGGCAAAUAUAGAUGUGACAUACCCAUGUUCAUUAAUGAGGACAGAACUACCCCAUAUCGAGUAAUCACUUUGAUUGGUGUUAUACACACCCCAAAAUUGUUCAUCGAUCCCCCCUUUGUGAUCCUGAACCCAGUUCCUCUGGGGACGGAGAUAUCAACAACAGUCCAAAUUACUUGUUUGGACUAUCUAAGUGACUGUACACUCCAAGCUGAAGUUCCAGAAAUAGAAACUGAAGAUGGGAAUUGGAUUAAUCCUAUUACUUGUCAGUUUCCUGAAGGUUCAACUUUGCCAUUUCAGAGUGAAACCAUUAAAAGCAUAACAUGCUGCAUUACCUUCUGUUCAUCCAGUCCAAUUUCAGCAUCAGUGGAUGUUACAUUAAUUGAUCAGGACAGAAAGAGGUUUACAUUACCAGUCUCGGCAUCUGCAGAUAAUUGCCUGUUAUCUAUAUAUAGAUAUAUUGCCCUCCACAGUGCAGACCAACAUGUUGUCCUCAAAACUGGAGCUAAUGCAAGCAAACAUGAUAGUAUUGGAAAGGUUCUUCUACAACGCUAUUACACUCCUGCCGCUUCCUCAUGCAGUUCAUCUACCAUCACAAGAUUCUCUCCCUCUACUUCUUCUUUUGAAGAAUCUUUUACAGAUAGUUCUGGAAAUUCAGAUUCCAAAGAAAAGAAAGGCACGGAGGGUGAAGCUGAGCCAUUAGGCAGAAACCACAAUUUGGGAGAUCUCUUGUUUUCUGCUGAGAAUUUUACUGAAGAUGUUUUCUAUCAAAGGGUUCUAAAUGCUGUACGGACUUGGUUCACCCAAUUUGGUUGGCCAAGUGGUAUGAAUCCAGUUUCUAUACCAGAUUCACUGCGAAGCACAAAACAUAUCGGGAGAGAUACGAAGACAAUUUAUGAAAUGCUCAACCAUCUGAGUGGCCAGUGGCUACCAGGAUUCACUGGAAGGAAACCAUUGCUUGGUGAACCUAUGGAACGUUUGCUACAAUUGCACUGGCAAUAUUCAACACUUCUUACAUUCUUAAAAGCUCAAGGAGCUUGCCUUGCUCAUGUGAAACCAGAAUUCUUACUUGAACCUGAGCAGUUCAAACAAUGGAACCAGCUACAGGGUUGUUCACAGAUCACUGAAAGCAUUGAAAUUUUUAAACUGGGUGAUGAUGUGUUUGAGUCUGUCAGCAAACGUUCAUGGACUGACUUGCUGCUACAGAUCUAUAAGGUUAUGGUUCUCUGUCGAUUGACACUGAAGGACAUCAACAACAUUUUAAGUGAUCAGAAACACUUAGAAAAUAUCCCAAGGAUAAAUGUCGAGCCCCUUUCCAGCAAUAUAUAUUCUACUGGUGAACUUGUCCUGCUGACAUGGCUCAACCAUCAUUAUGAAACAAAGAGAAGUGUUGUGUGGGAAUGUUGCCAGAAAGGUGCUAUACCACCAACACGCUGGAUAAUUAACUUUGAUUUAGAUUUGUUGGAUGGGUUAGUGCUUGCAGCUGUUGUAGCUGCUUAUUGCCCCCAUCUGAUUCCAACUCAUUUUGAAAAUAUGUACACUUCUCCAGCUGCUCCUGAGCAAUGCCUACAUAACAGUCUAGUACUCCUAAAAGCAUUUGAGGCCAUUGGCUUAGAUUUCGACAUUCAGGCCACUGACAUCUCAGAUCCAAAUCCUAUCGCAAUGCUUAUGCUGUGUGUUUACCUGUUUGAAAGACUACCGAACUAUCGCCCUAAGAUGACUGUUGAGUUCACUGGUGAACUUCAUGCUACAAUUGUUAAACAUGUUCGAUUACAAAAUCCCUUCAUGAAGGAUUUAGUGUAUUUUGCAACAAUUAUUGGGAAAGAGGCAAAUGAUUUUACUUUGCCCAAUGGAAAUGAAGUGGUCAUCCCAGAAAGGAGUCAUGUUGAUUUAAGUGUAGAAUUCAAAAGUCGGUUCUUGAAGCCGGAAGAAGCUUUGCUAAUUUUUGCAUCAAGAUUGGGGAAAGGAGUAGCAGCCACUACAACUACAUUUUUACUGACCUCACGAAUCAAUGGCAUUAAUCCUACCGAUACUUUUAAAUGUGAAUCUCCAUGCUAUCAGCAGAAAAGAAUGCAGUUAAACAUUUCCAACCCCUUAAAUUUAAGGGGACUCUUCAGGGUAAUACUGCUGGAAACCCAGAUCAGCCUUUUUAAGACUGAGGAUAUUGCAUGCAUUACAGCCUUAUUUGAUAAAGUGAAGAUGCAAAAUCAAAAGUCUAAAGUAACAUUUAGUGACUUACAACCUGAACAAGGUGGAUUUGGAAAUAAUGAUUUCGGAAAUGAAGUGAUUAAUCAAAACAUGGGCCAGAAAAUCUCUCUCCAAGCAAAUUGGGUGUCAGAGUUCUUCUGCGGAAUCGAAUCGUUGCAUUUCGAGCCGAAGCGUUAUUCAGUCUUGGAAGUUCUUUAUCUUCCCUUUCACACAGGAAAAUCCUAUUGUACCAUUUUGUUAAUAAAUGAACAGAUUGGAGAAUUUGUGUACUGUCUGGAAGGAACUGGCUGCAUCCCAUUGCCUUCUACUGGAUUAGAAGUGUCCAGUCCUGAUGCAAUACCGAACUACUGUGCUGCUUUGGAUAACAAGAAUGCAACACAAGUAAUUCUACACUACAAAUGUAAUGCCAACCGUACCUUCGAUCAAGAAGUGAAAAUUCCAUUGAUUAAUGAAGCCAAAGAGAAAGCUUUGGCAAUUGCAGGACAGCAGCAGAUGUCCCAAACAGAAUAUAAGCGCAGAAAAAUUGCAGGAACUUUGGAAAGCAGCAGCGUCCGAGCUUCAGUUGCAGCUUCUAGUCCCUGCUGCACCCAGAAAAAGCUGCUUCACACCAUAGCAACAGAGUGCACGGGGCCGAAGGUUGUUGACUACUCUGUGGAAUUAUCCAUGUCAGGCAAUUUUGAAAGUCCAGACAAGAUAUCGAUUCCUGUAUCCAGAGCACGCAGAAUGACUGCAGAGUUACCAAUGACAUGUGGGAGUCUGAACUUGAAUAAAGCAGAUAAGGAAGAUUCAGCUAUCCUGCCAAUGAAAUUUCUUGCAAAAGGACCAGGUCGAUACACUUGUCAGAUUCUGCUAAGGUCUCCAUGUGACAUUCGUUUGUACAACAUUACAUGUAUAGUAAAUCCUGAGGACAACUUGGAGACUGAAUUGGAAGUUAUUGCUCCCACCCACCAAUCUGUCAUCAAAAAUAUUCCACUGCAUAAUGACUCACGGGAAGACUGGAAAAUUAAAGCUGUUCUGGAAGGGAAAGACUUCUUUGGCCCAUCAAUGCUGUACAUCCGGGCUUGUGAAACAUCGAUGUAUCCAUUAAUGUUUAAACCAAGUUUUGAGUGUGUGACUAUGGGUAAACUUGUCCUGGUGAAUGAAACAGAUGGCACUGAACGUACCAUCAACCUCAAAGGGGUUGGCAAAAAGCCUGUGGCCGUGGAUCAUGUCAUGAUAGACUGCCAAGUAAGACAGAUUACAAGGCAGGUCUUAAUGGUUCCUAAUUAUACUCAAACCAGGUUAACAUGUAAGGUUGUAUCAGACUUAGUAAUAGUCAGUGGAGAACCAAGCAUUACCUUAAAAGCUGGGCAGACUGCUCCAUAUUUACUUAACAUUUUACCUUGGAAACGAGGAAAGUUUACAGGUGUUAUCUCAUUUGUGGUUGAAGAUGAAACACAGCAGCAACAGCAGCUCCCCCAGUGCAGUAGCUCUGUGGAAAAGUUAGAUAAUGAGCAGCCAACAAUAAAUGUGGCAUCACUGGCAUGUAAAGCAAGUGGGAAUGUAAAUUCUGACAAGAACAUAUUGUACAGAGUUUGGUUUUACUUGGAGAUUAACGCGAUCCCAGCUCCACCUGAGCAGUGUCUUGGUGUGACCUGUGCUGUGCUGGAUGCCAUUGAUGUGAUCAUUCCAAUAAGUAAUCCUCUUCAAGAACACCUGACACUUGAUGUAACGCUGAAUGGAGCUGGGAUUACUGGAGACACUAGCCUGGUAAUUGGGCCAAAAGAAGUUAUAUCAUAUAAAGCUAGGUACACUCCUAGUGUUGUUGGUGAAAGUCUUGGAAGUGUUACCUUCUACUCAGAUCUCAUUGGAGAGUUUUGGUAUGAACUAAACCUCACUGCAAAGAAGCCAAUGCCAGUUUCCCUUCCAGAAUUGCAGUGCGAGCUGGGAAAACGGAUUUGGCAGGUGAUCCCUCUGGCUAAUUCUACGAUUGAGACUCUGAAAUUGGAAGUAAUUAACAAUAACCCAGGAGCUUUCUCAGUAGAGAUUGAUCCUAGAAAAAGAUUAGUUGUGAAUUCUCAGUCUACGCUUGAAGUACCUUUUCAAUUCUCUCCGUCAACCCUGGGAAAAACCAAUCAUUGUGCAACUAUUAUCUUUAAGUGUCCUCAGUUCGAAGAGUGGACAUUUCAUCUGUCAGGAGUAGGCUUGCUGCCCCAGCAGAUGGACCCUGUCAGUGUCAGUGCAUGUGUCAACUCUCAUGCAUCAGUUAUUGUGCCCUUUGAGAACCCAACAAAUGAGCUCCUUCUGGUGGAUGUUGUGAUGACAGAUAAUGAACAGGUCACGCACCAUCAACGUCCUUCAGACCUGCUACAAUGCUCUAACAAAGAGACUGUUUUCUGCAUUCCACUGAAGCAAAAUCAAGGUCUGUUACUUCCCCCAAAAGGAAAACUGGAUAUCCCUGUGAUCUUUGCACCUGAUGACAUGGCUUUAUAUGAGGGUCUGUUGGUGGUACAGAUUAAGAAGCAAGAUGGAAGUACUUGGAUUUAUGAAAUGGAUGAAGUGACCAAUAAAGAACUAAGAAGUUUUUGUAGAUCACAAUGGGGAGGCAUUUCUGGAAUUCGAUGGCUGUAUCCAAUUUAUGGUAUCCCUGAAACAUUGUCCACAAAACUGUUGCCUGCUGUGAUUCAGUGUCAAGCUAGAAACAGAAAAGAAGAAACAAUGGAAGUUCAUCUGACAGGUGUCGUUCCUGCCUCUUCGUAUGAAGAUCCAACACAGAUCCAAACCAAAGUCCCUUGUAUUUACAAUCAAGAGGCUGGUCAGGGCGCCAGUGCAGGACAAACCCCAGCAGGAGACUUUUUUUAUGAAAUUCAAUUUGACACUGAGAAUGCCAGAAUUCAAAUGGAGUCCACAAUUGCAGUAAACUUUGUGAAGAAAAAUUGGGACACAGAAACAGGCAUUGUCACACUAACUUUCAAUAUUAUUUUUGCACCAUAUAAACCAGUCAGCCAGUCAGCAAUGCUGAAAGUGCGGUCUGCCACUGGUGGAAUCUGGAGAUUCCCAUUAUUGCUGGUUGCCACUGAGCCGCAGGUAGACGAUGUGAUCAAUAUUGAAGCAUUAGGACUAAAUAAGGAAUCUGUCGUUUGCUUUCGGCUUACAAGCCAGACGAGGUAUCCCAUGCCCUUCACAGCACACUUCCUACCUUGUAGUGAUCAGGCUUUUGUAGUAUCACCUCAAGCUGGGGAACUGCUUCCACUUGGCUCCACUGGGACUCUCUUCACUGUUGGAUUUACCCCACGUAUGUACAGCAAGAAGUACAAGGCAAAACUGCUGAUUCAGACCAUGGAUAUGCAAUGGAUGUAUGAGAUCAAUGGUUUGGAUCCCCAGUACGCUCCUCCUAACCUUCAACAUGGCAAAAUUGUUCACAAAGGCUUCAAGCGGUCUGUUGCAGUCCAACAGCGUAACUUCGUCAAAGAAAACCUGAAGGUGAUAACAACUGCAGUGUCCUCUCCUCUAAAAGGCGCUCCUCUUGUUACUAUAAAUAAAACAAGUAAAGCAAAAUAAGUAUGAAACAAAACAUUACGUCUCAUUUUAUGAAGAAUUAGAUUAUUUCGUCUGUCUAAAUAAAAGCCCAUCAUUCAUAACUGAAAUUUUUACAUGGAAAACCAUAUUUUUAUUUACAUGGCAAUCUAGUA